CUUUUGUUCGCAGCGACUUGCUUUUGACGUCGAUCAAGUCAAGUGAUUCCAGCUCAGAUGAUGUCGUGGUUCACAUCGCUCUUCUCCUCAGGGCAGCCGGCUACAAGCUCUACACCUGCCGAGGCCUCCACGCUAGACAACCGACUGCUGGAGGAGCCUGCGCCGAAGCCUCAGCCCGCCGUCGAAACUCCGAGCCCAGUGAGGACUCCCGCACCUGCUGAGCGACAGGAUAGAGGCAAGGUGAUUCUAGGCGCCGGAAUCGCUUUCUUCGCCGUCUCUCUCCUAAUCACACGAAGAGCGUUCGCUCGAAAACGUCUAGCCGCAAAUCCUGCCUUCUAUGCGAACUCGCCAGCUCAUCAAGCAGACCAGGCGAAAAAAGUUAGUGGCGCCAUGGAAGCUUUGGAAGCACUGAACAUUGCCACCAUCAACGUUCUAAGCACGUCGAUGAUAGCAACUGGAGGGGCAAUGUGGUACUUUGGCAUCAACAACAUGGCCGAUGCACGACGCGUGCUAAGAGGAGGCUUGGGCGUCGAUGGCACGGGGAAGUCUGAAAAGGAGGCCGAGGAAGACUUUGAGGAAUGGAUGGCAACUGUACUUGCCAGGAAAGAGUCGAAAGGUCCACAGCAGCCACAGACCAACGAAAGAGGCCAGCCCAGAUAAUGUGUACAAAUCCAACAGCGACACAUGGAUGUAUGGCAUAAGCCAACACCCCGCAACAUCUACGAGCGCUGCUCGAGGGUGGCCUUGAGCGAAAGCUGGUCUUCCAGGAGUGGAGUAGACUUUUCGUCUCGACUGCCCUACAAAUCACUUGCACAUGCGUGCCAGCGGUGCUCACUGCAUGUAUUAUUAAUGACUUCUUCUUGACGAUGCGAAAGGUCAUCGAUCAAGUCAACACAAACACGCCGGGACAUGACAUGUUCUUUAUACCUCAGAUGACUCGAGCUCUAAAGCCCAAAGUCACACACCCUUUCUUUUAGUCAACAGUACGAAGAGCCUGGAUGAUUUGGCGGAUCAGAGAUCUGGAAAUGAACAACACCUUCAACAAUUCCUACAACGAUUCGACGGUAAAAAGCGUUCAACCUCUGGAAUACCUUUCACUCACAGAUUCAGCCGUCCCCCUUUGUCAUACUAACGAUCAACAAUCUCCCCUCAACCUACAGUAAGCGUACUACCUUCGGUUGUACAACAAAUCAGCGACUUGACGAUUGUUCGAGUCAACUCAUCCUCCCUCAUCUUAACGCUCCCCUGAGCAUCUAAGACGACAAUGCAUUCCGCGGUUGACUACUCCAAGGGCAGCAGCCGGAAUUUUUACAUUGACGGUGCAGCGAUUUCCGUCCGCAGUCUCAUUAUGGUUGGGAUGGUCGUUCUGGGAUUUCCCAUAUGGUUUCAAAGAUGUUGCGGACCAGACUGUGAAUUCUGCUACAGAUACCACCAGAUGAGUUUUGAACGGCGUCUGCUAAUGGAAGACGAUGUAUUCCAACACAUGCUGGCGAGUGAUGAGAGAGAGUAGAUGGAAAAGAGAAGCGAUAUCAAAAGGUGAUUUGGUAAUCACGACAUUUUUCAUAUCAAGACAAGAUGAGGAGAUUCAUAUAAUCACACCCUUGACAACAGAUUCGCGACAAGCCGAGGAAAUACAAAAAGUAAUCGUUCAGCCAAAGGGCAGUGUAUAAUCAAGAGAGAAGUUGAUGCAAUCCUCGAU